AUGCCUUUGCUGCUGUUUGAGCAAGCACAACAACAAUUAGCUCAAAACCUGAAUAUGGUUAGAGAUAUGAUGAACGCACCAGCCAUUCAGAAUAUUAUGAACAACCCUGAACUUAUGAGGACCUUUAUACUGAGUAAACCUCAGAUGUGUGAGCUUGUGGAUCGUAAUCCUGAGCUUGGCCAUAUACUUAAUGACCCAAGCAUCUUUAGGCAGAGUUUAGAAGCUGCAAGAAACCCUGAGCUUAUGCGUGAGAUGACUCGAAGUACUGAUAAGGCGAUGAGUAAUAUUGAAGCUACUCCUGAGGGGUUUAACAUGCUUAGGCGUGUGUAUGAAAAUGUCCAGGAACCGUUGUUGAACGGUUCAACAUUGUCAGGGAAUGCUGGAAAUGGUGCUGGUUCUAAUCUAUUUGCUGCUCUCUUUGGGAAUCAGGGAGCUGUUUCUAACAAUCACAUGACAACCAGUGCUGAAACAGGCACAUGGAAUGCUGUGCCAAAUACAAAUCCACUUCCAAAUCCUUGGGUUGCUGCAGGUGGCCAGACAACUACACCUGAAAGGACGAGUUCAAGUGGGGAUACUAGAGCCCCUGGCCUCGGUGGUCUUGCUGGCCUUGGUGGACUGGACAUGCUAGGUUGGGAUCCAACGGUUGGCGCAACUCCAGAUGCAUAG